GUGAAUCUUCUGCAGAUUUUCAGCGAUUUCUUUUUUAUACAGUGAGCACGCAAUGCCAUAUGCUUGUUUUUUCUAUAUUCAUUUUGUCAAUAGGUGACAUUUUGUUGAGUGAGGCACGAUUGGUCAUUUUUCAAAUAUUGACCCGCCCAACUUUCACAAUACAUUCAAUCAGACAAUCGCUGAUAGGUUGUUUUUUGAGUGACUUACGAUUGGUCAUUUAUCCAAAGGCGGAGCCUGACAGGUUGGUUUUGUGAGCUACGAUUGGUCAGUUCUUCCACGGUGUGGUGCAUGGUGCUAUAAAUGCUGCUUCGCGCGACCACGCUUUACUUCUUCUGUUCGACCGAACAGAACGCUUUUGGAGAGAGAACGCUUUUUGCAUUGCCGAUAUCAGGACAAAGGACCCAUAUUCGCAGGAAUCUGCAGUUUGCCAUUGUGUUGGACUUCAUCUGCCGACAUAGAGAUGCCACAGAAGAAGGGUUUCCGUAUGCGACGCACACCCAAGGCUGCCCAAGCUGUUGACUGUGCAGUUGUGCCAAAAGGUAGGGACGAAGUAUCUUCACUGUCACCAGUGGAGGUACCAACAGGUGGGUUACAAAAGGUGGUAAAAGGGUCAUUUCAUCAAGGUAAUACAAGGUUUAAGUAUGCAGGAACACAGUGUAUGGCGAUUGCCUUAUGUGUCACUGCUUUACACAGUAUUAAAAAUGUCUUGUUGUGGGAUACUGCUGAUCUAGACAUGGCUGUUGUUGAAGGCGAUCAGUUGUAUACUACUCUAAGGGAACAUCACGUAAUUCAUCACCCCUCCCACUUUUUGUGUGCCACAGAAUUGCCCAAACAGGAGGUGAUUGCUGGACACAAAUUUGAGUUUUGUGUGAAGGAUGAUUAUGCUUCAGGUGAUGUCAAUGUAGUUUCUGGCUAUUAUAUUGAAAACGGAAUUCACGUCACUCUGCAUGAUGCUUUACAAACAAUGUUUAGCAAGUACAGCACAUGCAUUUUUACGGUCUGUCAAAGUAGUUGUGCCAUAAUUUGUGAUGCUGGUCAGUAUUGUCUGGUGGAUUCACACUCGCGCAGCUGUAAUGGCAUGGUGUGCAGUGAUGGAACCAGUGUUGUUCUGUGUUUUGGUAUUGCUGCGUACAACCUGAAUGCCACAACCAUCCACAGCACCUUGAGCAUCGGCAAGGAUACCCGUUUGCCUUACACACCACUGGGUGAGGAAACAGUGAAUUCCUUGCGUGCCAAGUUGCGACAGAUCAAACAAACUGGAGACUAUGCUGCUUUCGGCAACGUCAGCAUCAUUGCAGUAGGUGAUUUCUACCAGUUGCCGCCAGUCAAGGGAAAACCUCUCUACGUCGAAGAUGCCACUUUGAACUUGUGGACCAGUCUCUUUCGUGUGGUCGAACUCACAACGAUUGUUGCAGAGAAGUUCAACAUGGAGUUGGCGGCAGAUUCCAUCUCCGUCAAAGUGUCCGAAGCCAUCAUUCACAUGCAAGAAAACAGCGUCAGCAUCUCCACCAAGGUCUUCCAAGCUUUUGGAAACCCCAGACUGCUUCCGGGACGAUCCAAGCGCUCACCAAAGGAGUCGGGGGGCAACAGGAGGCCUUUCCGCACCUACACCCCGGAGGAAAAACCCACCACUGCUGCAGGCACCAACUUGGACCGACUGGUUACUGAACUGAAGGAGCGCUUGCACACACCAUCUGCAAUGAUGAAAAGAUGGCAGCCGAUGUCACAAACGAGGACCGCUGCUGGAACGGGCAGACCCGGGGGAGGUAUCUUCCGGAGGUGACGGGUGACGGCCUGGCCAGCCAGAUCAACAACCCUGAGGUGGAAGUGGACAUUGGACGGCCCGAUGUGAGGACCAGACAGCUGAUCAUGGAGCUGAGGGUGGCCACCAACAAACUGAGACAUGCAGAGUGGACAGGACAUGGACUUUA